CCCGCAUCCGCUGCCAUGGCCUGGACCAAGUACCAGCUGUUCCUGGCCGGGCUCAUGCUUGUCACUGGCUCCAUCAACACACUCUCGGCAAAGUGGGCAGACAUCUUUGUGGCCGAGGGCUGUGGAGGGAGCAAGGAACACAGCUUCCAGCAUCCCUUUCUCCAGGCAGUGGGCAUGUUCCUGGGGGAGUUCUCCUGCCUGGCUGCCUUCUACCUCCUCCGCUGCCGAGCCGAGGGGCACUCGGAUUCCAGCGUGAACCCCCAGCAGCCCUUCAACCCCCUGCUUUUCCUGCCCCCAGCCCUCUGUGACAUGACUGGAACCAGCAUCAUGUACGUGGCUCUGAACAUGACCAGUGCCUCCAGCUUCCAGAUGCUGCGCGGAGCGGUCAUCAUAUUCACGGGCCUGUUCUCAGUGGCCUUCCUGGGGCGGAGGCUGGUGCCGAGCCAGUGGCUGGGCAUCCUUGCUACCAUCGCGGGGCUGGUGGUCGUGGGCCUCGCUGACCUCUUGAGCAAGCACGACGAUCAGCACAAGCUCAGCGAAGUGAUCACAGGGGACCUGCUGAUCAUCAUGGCCCAAAUCAUCGUCGCCAUCCAGAUGGUGCUGGAGGAGAAGUUUGUCUACAAACACAACGUGCACCCACUGCGGGCAGUUGGCACUGAGGGACUGUUUGGCUUCGUGAUCCUCUCCCUGCUCCUGGUGCCCAUGUACUACAUUCCUGCCGGCUCCUUCAGCGGAAACCCUCGCGGGACACUGGAGGACGCGCUGGAUGCCUUCUGCCAGGUGGGCCGGCAGCCGCUUAUCGCCCUGGCACUGCUGGGCAACAUCAGCAGCAUCGCGUUCUUCAACUUUGCGGGCAUCAGUGUCACCAAGGAACUGAGCGCCACCACCCGCAUGGUGCUGGACAGCUUGCGUACCGUGGUCAUCUGGGCACUGAGCCUGGUGCUGGGGUGGGAGGCCUUCCACCCGCUACAGAUCCUUGGCUUCCUCAUCCUCUUGAUGGGCACUGCCCUGUACAAUGGACUGCACCGCCCGCUGCUGAGCCGCCUGUCCUGGAGCCACCCCCCAGCAGAGGAGAGCGAGCGUGAGAGACUGCUUGGUGACACCCGGACCCCCAUCAACCACACCAGCUGA